AUGCGCGAGCGUGUGUGUGCGGCUUGGGGUGAUUGGGAUUGGUUGGAGGUAGAUUUGACGUGUAAGACUGUUGUAAUAGCAGAUAGGUAUACAGAGGGGUUGAGAGGGGGUAUCGUUGGUGAGAGGGAUUUGGAAAAGAAGAGGAAUAUCUCACUGUCAGUUACAGCAGUACUUUUCUUAUGCGUAACUAUCUUACACAUCAUGAAAGCUGCAAAUACUCAAAGGCAUAUUUCUCAGGAAAAGGACAAGCCGGAAAAUGGCACAAACACCAAGCCAACCAAGUCAACUGCGAAUCAUGGAGGCUCUUCACGCUAA